GAUACCUUUGUUAGCAUGUUACUCUGAUAUUGCAAGAGGACGUUCAGGAUUUUCACAACAGUCCUGCCCCGACUCUUACCUCGUUAUAUCUUCUGCCCCUCCAGGAUAAGCCUGCCGUGUACUUCGUGAAGGGGGCGUACGAGCAGGUGAUCCGUCUCUGCAGCUGCUACAACAGCAGGGGGUCCAGCCUGCCCCUGACCCCCCAGCAGAGGGAGCUGUACCAGCAGCAGAUCAGCUACAUGGGCUCUGCAGGCCUCAGGGUGCUGGGGUUUGCGUCCGGCUCGGAGCUGGGCAGCCUGACCUUCCUGGGUCUGGUGGGAAUCAUCGACCCCCCGAGGUCAGGGGUCAAAGAGGCCAUCGGGAAGCUCAUCAACUCCGGGGUCGCCAUCAAGAUGAUCACCGGGGACUCGCAGGAGACCGCCGUGUCCAUCGCCAGUCGUCUGGGUCUGUACUCUAAAGGCAGCCGCUGUCUCUCCGGAGACGAGGUGGAUCACCUGGACCUGCAGCAGCUCUCCAACAUCGUCUCCAGGAUAGCCGUGUUUUAUCGAGCCAGUCCCCGACACAAGCUGAAGAUCGUCAAGGUGAGCAGGAGGAACACAAAGACUAACUCGUAUCCAUUCAUGUCUGCCCUAUGACGAGACCA